UAUUGCCUAGUUCCCUUCGCCGCCGGACAGCUGCUCUGAACUACGAUGUCACCCCCACCAUACCCCGCUGAGCACACAAGCCAGUAUUACGAGAAGCCUAACCCCCAGUUCACCUAUGGCGCACCUGUAGACUCAACGCCGCUCGGCAAAGCUUGGGUCGAGGGGGAAAAGGAAGGCUGGACCGUUGUGGAUACCGCUACAGAGGACUCAGGAAAGCUUUACCGCCUGAUGAUCAGUGGUAUCGUCCCGCGGCCGGUCGCGUUUGUGUCGUCUAUUUCGGAGUCGGGUGUGGAGAACCUGGCACCCUUCAGUUGGUUUAAUAUGGUAUCACACUACCCACCACUUGUGUCGAUUUCCAUCACCAACCCCGGCAGCAAGCUCAAAGACACCGCGGCGAACAUCAGAGCCACAAAGAACUUUGUUGUCAACAUCAUCAGCGAGCCCUUCAUUGAACAGGCGAAUGUCACCUGCAUCGACACCCCUCCCGAAGUUAGCGAGUGGGAGCUGAGUGGACUGACAAAGGCGCCAAGUGUUCAUGUCAAGGCGCCACGCGUGAAAGAGAGCGCUUUCAGCAUGGAGUGCGAGCUCUAUCAAGCAAUAGACAUCGUCCAUCCCGACACUGGCGCCAAGACGAACACCUUCGUACUUGGUCUCGUGAAGAAGAUUCACGUCCGGAACGAUGUGUUGCUCGAUCGCCACUCAGAGGCCAAUCCUGGCGAGGUCGUCAAGCUCGUCGAUCCCACAAAGUACAAGCCUAUCGCGCGCAUGGGCGACAUCAGCUAUGCUAGCUGCGGUCCGCUGUACAGGAUCCCAAGGCCUGCCUGGGCUUCGGAGAAGGAGAAGAUUGAAGAGUUCGUCGCGGUGGUUGAAGGUAAAGGUAGGAUCGGUCAAGCCUAGUGGGCUGUGAAUGUAGGCUUCAGGUGAUACCCGAAUAUCACAUUUGGUGUAGGGUCAAGCUUUCAAGAACAGUAAAGACAAGGAGGAUUAAAUUUAGACAUGACAAAUAUUACCAUUUCACGCGUC